AUGGAGCUUGCGCUGGCACCGGAACGACCGCUGCCUGUUUGGGACGCGGAACAUGUUUUUUGUGCAGAGGCGAUGGCCUCCACUGCACGGACGGGGGCAAACCUGGUGAAAGUGUUCAGCGCCAGCGGCUCCGUUCUGUGCAGCACCCUCCUUUCCAUUGGCCUCUUCGACUGGAGGCCGCAAAGUGCUUGGGUGGCAUCGGCAACCCUCGCAGCCUGUUCGCUUUGUCUCUAUUACGGAGACCAAAGAGCUCUCUACCGACCUGACAUGGAACUCCCCGGCUUGGCGAACCUUCUUGGCUCCAGGUUUCAUGGCCUUGCUGUUUUCGACGAAGCUCCCAAAAUGGUCUGA